UAGUGUGUAACUACAGUGUGUAAUUAGAUUACGACAAUGCUAGAAAGUUCCAUGAUAGCCUACAUGGCGUCUCCCUGACUGCCCUCUCCCCCUUUACCUUCCCUGAAUAACGUUGGUAAUGCAUUGCUGUAGUGUUGCUGCUUCCCAUGUUGCAUCAGUAAGUGCUGGCUCUAACUUUAAGAUAGAUUAUAGAGGCUGUAUAAUCAUUAUCAUCAUAUCAUUACUGCUCAUCUUUCUUAGAAAGCCAGUUUCUGGUUCGUUUGGAUCCGGUUCGUUUGGAUCCGGCUCAGUCUUGUUGUACUGCAGUUGUAGCUGAUCACUGAUCGGUAGUUGUAGUGAUCUAAGGUAGUAGGGACGAUUGACGAAGUUCCUUUUUUCCAUUUGAUUGGAUCACGCUUCAUUUGAUCUAAUAAACAGUGACAGAUCUUGAAAUGUCUUCUUUUCUGAUAACAUUAUCUGAUCACUUGAUUAUUAUCACAUACUCUGCUCCUUCUGCUCGCAAUAUAGUCUAUCAUAUUGCAUUUUGUUUUAUUUCGCAAACCAUCAACCUUAUCACGUGACUAAGCAUUGUCACGUGACUAAACCUUGUCACGUGACUAAACCUUGUCACGUGAUUAAACCUUGAUCAAUCGUUUAGCCCACAGCUUACUAUAAACUCAUACUGAUCAGUACAGAGCGAAUGAUGAUAUAAAAGCUAUUAAUAGCCACACAUAACUUUAAUCGAUGAUUUUAGAUAUGCGUUAUAUUUGUUUGUCUCGUUCAUAUUCGUAUCAGAUAUUCGGUGAUGCUAUGGAACUUGUCUCCAUUCCAGGACUACAAGGAUUAGGGGGGUGCAUGGUAACCGGUUAUAUGAGGACGUGACCAUGGUGACGAGUGAUGCUAUCUGGUUCACGUCUGUAACAUCAGGUGGCGAUAUGUCAUUCCAUUCAUUCUCCAGCCUCAUAAGGAUCAUAUAUAAGCACAUUAAAAAUACGGAUAGUAUACGUAAUCUGAUCUAUCAGAAUAUAAUGGUUACAUUGCAGCUCACUGCCCACUGAGACACUACACAUCUGGCCACGUGCCAAGUUAUUGACCAGUCAGAAGCAAGGAUGUUGCCCACGUGACUCUUUGUUGACCACGUGACUGUUUCACAAACCAGGCACCUGGGAAGAAGGGUCUCGUGUUACACUACCUUUUGUGUGCUUUAUUAGUUUUACUGUGCCUUCAAUAUAUUGUACUGCUCUGCUGUCUUUAUUGUGAGAAUGUGCUUUAGGUUAAUCAGGAUUUAAUGCUCGCAUAUUAGGAUCCAUACGCCUGCCUGAAAUGUAAUGAAUUCCAUUCAUCCCACUCUCCCCACAUGAAUAGUCACAUACCUCCCUCAUACUCCCAUUACAUAUAGCUCCGGAUAAUGUACAAUCACACAGGAAGAUGGGUAAUUACACUGACUAGCCGGUCUCAACUCACACAGGAAACUAGUUAUAUUAUAACUUUUUGUAGUACACUCAUGUCUGUGUCAAGGUGCUCAAUCAACUAAAACAAACACUUUUCUAAUCGAACUAUUUGAGUUGUACAUUAGCCAGUUUCUAUUUGUUCACAUAUUUACGAGUGCUAUGAACUCACACUAAUGCAUCUUUCUCUAUUACUAUACUAUUUUCUAUUUUAUACUCUAGCUUUCCAUUCGAUACUUUGUAACGUCUCGUUAGGUCAGAUGACAGAUCAAGUGUAAUUGGUCUAUAAUUAUGUGAAAUUGAUCUAUAAUUAUGUGUAAUUGGUCUAUAAUUAUGUGAAAUUGAUCUAUAAUUAUGUGAAAUUGAUCUAUAAUUAUGUGUAAUUGGUCUAUAAUUAUGUGUAACGAUAGUUUACAGUCUACCUAGCCUCCUCUAACUGGCUCAUUGUUUGUGUUGUAGACAGUCUAUAAUUAGCGCUUUGUUUAACUCAUACCUACGCUGUUCUAUUUCUAGUGUUGUGGUUGUUACUGUGUUCAGCUUGUGGUGUAUAAUAUACACUUAGUUUUUACUUUUUGUUUUGUUUGUUACAGUGCAGUUAGUUGGUUACUGUUGUUUAUGUCGAUUAUGAUUAUACCAUUUACGGCUUGGUUGAACCUAGUUGCGAUUUAAGCGAGUAAGCCCGAUCUUUUAGGAAUAUAUUCCAAACCAAUGUUGCUCAUGUCAUUAAGAGUAGGGGCCAUUGAAACAUUUUAAAAUACUUUGUGAUCGGACUAUUGAAGAUAUGGUGUGACUUUUGGCCCAUACUGUAGUUAAAAAUAUGCUGAUUGUUGAUAGUGAUCACUUUACCUUUGUUGUUGCGAUUGGUCAGUUUUUUUUUAUCAAAUCUGUUAAAAUAUAACCCUUAUCUUGUUUAUAGCGCUAAGAGCAGGAAAUUCACAAAAUGUGAUGUUGAUAAAAUCUGACACAAAAGAAGCCGAAUUAAACCGUCUCCUGUCAGACCUCUCCACCCCAUGCCUGACAGACAAUGUAGUCCUGGGUACCUCUACUUCUAAUAUUGAAGAAGAGUUAGGGGACGAGGUGAUAGAAAGCCCUGUUGACGAGGUGGCUGUAGCCAUGUCAGGUGAUGAGGGUGUUACUGAAGGUGAUGGUGGUGUUACUGAAGGUGAUGUUGACAUGUUGCCGGAUGGAGGUGACGCUCUGGAAGUAGCCAGCACGGUUGCCAGCACUAUUCACAGCCCUGAAGAGUACCUGGUGACGGACAGCAGCGACUACAUGGAUAGUAUAGACGGGGAGGACAUGUCCACCCACCCUGUAACCGUAUCAGAGAUAUCCCCCCAAACUUACCUCACCAUCAACACUCCGCCCCAGACCAGUGGAGAAGCAACACUGCCUGAUGAUGUGGACGAUAUGGGUGAUCAUAUCUACGUUAACAGGCACAUGGUGCCUAUUGACGCUAACACGGGAGAUGUGGAUCUGGAUGCCUGUCCCACUAUAUCUGAUAUUAAUCCUACCCCUCCUACUACCCCUCCCGGGCCCGCUGGGGAUAAUCUGUACGAGAACCUUCCUGAGGAAAUACCUCCUGAUUCUAAUGAUUUAUACGAGAACCUCCCAACAAACGACCUAUCAACAAACAGUCCUAGCUUGGUUCUGGAACCAGCAGUGGUUGACGAGGAUAUGGUAGAAGGGUACCACUCACCAGCCUCGCCCUUCUCAAUGACUCUAGCUGCUGAUGACGAGUUUACGGACCCGAGCAUUGCUUUGUUGGAGAUGAGUAAUUUGGAGGAGAGGGAUGAUUUGUUAGAAGACAAGUUAAAGCCUGAUGUGGAGAGUUUGAGGCGGCGGUUGUGGUUUUAUCUGAGGCAAGAUGUCAGGCGGCAAAAUAUCAAGUUUUGUUACGAUCUGCUCGAUAAUAUCGCAAUUAAAGAUGCGCACGGUGUUCCACUCCUAGUCCAACUUCUGAAAACGUCAGAAAACUUCGAGAUCCAGGAACUUAUCACAGGCGUGUUCUGGAAUUUGUCCAGCUCCGAACAAGUGAAACCGCAACUCUUACGACAAGCUCUAGAAUCUAUUGUUAAGAGCAUCAUCAUACCUCAAUCCGGUUGGAAAGGAAGUCAGAUAAUGCACGAUUUAACGAGCGAGAUCCAAUGUACCACAGUCUUCAGGAAUGCCACCGGGUGUUUGAGGAAUUUAUCAUCUGCUGGGCUAGAAGGACGCCAAAUAAUGCGGUCUUGUUACGGUCUGGUCGACAGUUUGCUCUUCGUGCUCCGAUGUGUUCAGGGCAAGAAUGAUGUGGACAACAAAGCAGUAGAAAACUCCGCAUGUAUUCUCCGGAAUCUGUCGUACCGACUGGAGUCUGAAGUGAGUCCGGAACACAAGUACGGACAGGUAGAGGAUUGGCGGAGUCGGGGGCUGGGUGGAGGACAGUUCAAAAGGAAGGAUCCAGGAGAUGAACCAGUGAAGAAGAAGAAGAACAGUAAAAAGCACAAAGGAAAAGAGAACGCCACACCCCUACCCGAACACACGAACGGAGUGGGAUUACUCUGGCAACCCGGAGUAGUGAGAGUUUACCUAGACCUCUUGUUAGAGUGCAGCAACCCUGAGACUCUGGAGGGAGCUGCUGGAACACUCCAGAACCUCACUGCUUGUGCCUGGGAACCUGCACAGCUAUUACGGGAGUCUGUCCGCAAAGAGAAAGGGCUGUCUGUUAUCUCCAGUCUGUUGAGAAUGUCUAACGACUCUGUGGUCCGGUCUAUUGCUGUCUGUCUCAGAAACCUCGCUUCAGACUCCAAGAACAAGGAGUUGUUAGGUCAGAACGCACUGAACAAUCUUGUCAAGAGAUUGCCCGGGGGAGAAGGAGCUGAUGGAAUAACCGACAUGACUAUCGGAGCCAUUAUAUCCACUCUCUUGGAACUGGUAACUGGGGCUCCAGAGACCGCAAGACUGCUGAAAACCCAGGGAGGUAUUCCCCGACUGGUGGACAUAUCCCGGUCAACAGACGUAUACUCGGGCCAGUGUGUCCAUGUCAGUAACAGAGUCCUUGCUGCUUGCUGGGAAAUCAGGGACCUCCGCAAAACUCUCAAACACGAGGGUUGGAAUAUCGGAAUGUUACAGCGAACAGCCCCACCCGACCGUACAGACGGUCUGGAGUACGACGAGCAGAAGAACCAGUUUAAAGCCAGCUACAACGACGGUCUGAACCGACCCCACCAGAACACAUUACAGCGCCAAAGAUCCCCCAACAGGCACACGUCACCAGGCCGUCACGUGUCACCAGGUCGUCACGUGUCACCCGGUCAUGGCCGCCGUGUACUGAGUCCUUCUGGAUACGAUCACAACACCCACAGAGCAGCCACUAUGGGCAGAGCAGCGGAUCCUAGUUACGGUUAUCAUCGACCUGAGAGACCUUCCGAGGAGUACGAUAUGUCCAGAGGACAAAGUCUCCCUGCUCGGUCCCUACCUCCAACUCACCCUCUUAACAGUAACUACGGUGUAGCGGAUAGUUGGGUGUGAACAGUCAAGUGACGUCAUAACUCCUUAUCACGUGACGUCAUCACUCACGUGACGUCAUCACUUCAAAUCACGCCGCGCUUUCAGCAGCGCCUUACCGUGGGAUGUUAUUCCGUUAUCAGAAGACUAAUUCAAAUUAAGAGUUGUUGACCACCUUUUGUUGUAUUAAUUCACUCCUUAUCACGUGACGUCAUCACUCACGCGACGUCAUCACCAAACACUCCGUCUCCAGAAGAAAACUCACUUUGUCGGCUGACAUUAUCAUUAUUGCGAACAGAGAACUCAGAAGUGUAAAUAUAUGUGCUAGACAUAUUAUACGUGUAUGUGUGUUCGACAUACGUAUAUGUUUGAAAUUCAUUACUGUGUUUUUUGUGGUGAUGUUUAGGAUUCAACCACCGUUUGCUUGUUUGUUUUAACUAGGACAUAUAGAAGGAGUUAAUAUUUUAUUUUAAUAAGCUUAAAUUUGUUAUACAUGUAGGAGAGUUUUUACGUGUCAUCAUCAUCAUUAUUGUUAUUACAUUUUCUUUACAUGCUCACAUUUUUAAUUAGAGAUGCUGAUCUAAAAUCAUGGCAAAGUUAACCCUAGCUCUACUUUUACAACGGUCUACUGACCAAAUGGAGUCGUGGUUGGGAAGUUAAUUUACUUUUUCUUUUGUUUUUAAACGGGAGAAAACUUAAGUCACCUUCCAGCGUAAGCAUUGCCCGUGUCCAAUGUCUAUUCCAACAACUUAGCCGAGAUGUACUACUUUUGGGUGUAGUUUUACUGAACAAAUUCGCUUUAUUGCUGCAUCUGGAAUAAUAAGUUUACUCAGAGGACUAAAAAGGAGUUGAAUAUAAUAUGUAGAGGUUAAGUUAUACUUUAAUGGGGAAACAUUUUCCAAACAAGAUUUCAUUGUUAUUUUGUUAAAUUUUUAUACUUUACAGUUCAUUAAACUCAAAUUGAGUUUUUAGCUUUCGAAAUUUGAAGAA